AUGAGAAUGCGAGCAAGAGAGCAAGCAGCAGACGGUGCCGUUCAGCUUUGUCCAGCAAUCCCAAUUUCUGCGCUCUUGUGUGACAACAGGCUCCAUUGUCCUGAUAUUCAAAAUGCCUGCUGUAGCAGCUCCAACUGGAGGUGGAGGGAUGCGUGGCCCGUCAACAUUCGACAAGCUAAAAAUGGGUGCCAUGAUGGGUGGCUCCGUCGGUCUUAUCAUGGGCUUCAUUAUCGGAACCGUCUCGAUAUUCCAGUAUGGUGCCGGACCAAGUGGUAUAAUGCGGACUCUGGGCAAAUAUAUGGCUGGUUCAGCCGCCACCUUUGGGUUCUUCAUGUCUAUUGGAAGCGUGAUCAGAACAGAAGGACCCCACGGUUCGUACCAUGCCUGGGCAAGGGCUCACCGGCGGCCCAUCAUGCUCUCCACGGCCCAGAGUGCCUUCCGGACCCAGCGCGAUUAAGUCGAAAUCCUGCGGUGAUGUACCAUAAACAAGCAACCAGACAAAAGAGGCACCAGGGAACUUUCCUUUGUGCCGUGUUAUACCAUGAUUUAAUGAUGCUGAAAGAAUUUCUGUAUUUUCUUUAUUUCUCCUACCAAACCCCAGCUGUAAAUAAAUUUUUGCCUUUCACCUCCCAUUUGUUUUCAAUAUCUUGAGGAUGCAAGAGCACUGGAGCCUAGGCCAAUCUCCAUUAAUCGGCGUUGAUAGGGUUCCUUUUCUCCCCUUCUUAGCUUUUACCCAAAUUUUGAAGGUCACAUAUAUAUCAGGGUUUCAUCUGUUACAUCUACUUUUGGCCCUACAUCAAUGAAAAAGCCAAGAAAAUCAAAAUCU